AUGGUAGACUGACUUUUCAAAAUUGAAAUAUUUUUACAAGGAGUCGGAAUCCUAGUGGGAUGAAGCGCUCUCUUUGCUUCAUUUGAUUUUUUUAAUGCUGAAUUUCCACAUGACCAGCCUUCAUUUAUAUUUCCAGCACUCAGCAAUGUAACAGCAGUUAUUCUUCAACCUUUAGUUGUAUUUUACGGAUAUAAGUUUAGCUAUAUCAAGCGUAUAUCAAUAAACUUCUCAAUAAUUGCGAGUAUUUUGGUCAUUUCACCAAUACUUGCGCACUGUUUAGAGGGCAGUUUUCCUAUCAUAUGCAUACUGAUUAUGAUUAUGGGAAUUUCAAGCUCUAUUAGUCAAACAAGUGUUUUUGAAAUGGUUGGGAAUCUGCCAAGCGAAUAUACAAAUUAUGUGAUGAUUGGAAGCGGCUUAAUUGGGGUUUUCAUGAGUAUAUUUAGAAUGAUUUGCUUAAUAUCAUUUUCACAAGAUAAAAGUGGAUACUUUGCAGGCACACUCAUGCAUUUUUUCUUGGCUGCUUUUAUAUUAUUUAUAUGCAUUUUUGCACAGCUGCAUUUGAUAAGGCAGCCUUUUAUGGUUGGAUCAUUGGAUAAUUCAGGUAAAAAAAUAACUUGAACAAAAUUCAAUGAAGAAUCGGAUCAAAUGCAAAAUAUUUCUGCAGAGAACAGAGACAUAAGCUUUAAGAAUUUUGUACUGACACCUAAAAUAGAAGAAAUAAGCAAUAAAACUUUAUUAUGUCAAAUUUGGCAGCCUCUAUUUCUAGCUUAUCUUUGCAAUUUAGUUACACAAGGAAUGCUGAUCGGAGUAGCAUUAGCAACGAACAUCAAGUAAUUUUUACAUAGAGGGCUGCCUUAUUCCUACUUCUCAACCCUAAUGGUUGUCACAUGCAAUAUUUUUGACUUCUUAGGAAGGCUUACUCCAAGAUUUUAUAUUUUGUCUAUUAAAUGGCUUUGAAUUAUAACCGUAUCGCGGUUUCUCUUUUGAGCUACAUUCAUAUUAAUCGCAACUGGCGAGUCGCGCUGAUUUUUCAGUUAUCCAUGGUUUAAAUUCAUUAACAUGGCAGCCUUUGCUUAUUCAAGUGGUUACACAUCAACUUGUGCAAUGGUUAUUGGUCCGACCCAAGUCCAAGAAUCUUCAAAAUCAAGAGCUGGAGCAUUUAUGUCCUUAGGGCUAAUUUACGGCAUCGUUUCUGGGUCUUUACUUGCCUUAGCAUUCAAAAAUAUAGAAAUUUCAUCAGCGGACUAA